AUGUCAUCUACUGGAGCAGAGAAAUCUACUACGUCGGCGACGAACAGAUCGCAUAACCAGGGUCGUCAAGAUCGAAGUUAUACACCAGCUCAAAUGGCUGCCGUCACUCGAGUACGGAAAUGUAGGCAUACCGAUUAUUAUGCCAUUUUAGAUAUAGAGUCACCAUCUUCUGAUAGUGAAGUACGAAAGUCAUACAGAAAGCUCGCGUUGAUAAUGCACCCAGACAAGAAUGGAGCUCCCGGAGCAGAUGAAGCUUUUAAACUUGUAUCCAAGGCAUUCCAAGUUCUAUCGGAUCCUGAUAAAAAGCGUAUCUUUGAUCAGACCGGUGCAGACCCUGAUAGCCGUGGUGGAGGUGGAGGAGGAGGAUUUGGUGGAGGUGCUGGUUCCCGAGCUGCUGCUAGUGGAUUUGCUGGAGGGUCACCAUUUGGUGCAGAUAUUUCACCAGAUGAUUUAUUUAACAUGUUCUUUGGUGGUGGUUUUGGUGGAGCUGGCGGUGCAGGAGGUGGAUUCCAACAGUUUGGUGGAUUUGGUGGCCCGGGUAUAAGAGUACAUACUUUCGGAGGCGGUAGUUCUCCAUUUGCUGCAUUCCAGCAAGGAGCUGGUACAAGGAGGCAGGCUGGUACUGGCACCACUCGUCAACAACAACAAGAACCAUUCUCAAUUAGACAGCUGUUUGAAUUGUUACCACUAAUGCUGCUAUUUUUUGUGCCAGUUCUUUUCUCACUAUUUGGAGACUCAUCUUCAUCGACCGGACUUCGAACUCCCAGGUACGAAUUUAAGAGCGUUCCUCCAUAUACUCUAGAACGAACUACUCCAUUGCAUCAUAUUCCAUACUAUGUCAAGCCGGAAGACGUUACCCAAUUGCCUGAACGCAAGUUGCGUCAAUUGGACCGUCAGGCAGAGGUUUCAUAUGUUCAGGCUCUUAAGAACAGAUGUUACCACGAAUAUGAAAAUAAGCAGCAAAAAAUUUCGGACGCCAAGGGCUGGUUUUUCGUCGACACUGAUGCAUAUAACGAAGCCAUUCAGAUCCCAUUACCCAGUUGUGACAGACUGGACACAUUAGGUGUCGCUUAUAAUAGGUAG